UUUAGCGGCUACUUGUUGCCCGAACAAGGGGUAGUUAGAAGGCGUUACAGCCUGCACCUAACCAGGGGAGGAUUAGAAGGCUCUUGCAGCCUGCACCUAAUCCCUGUUCGACUUCAGGAGACUAAAAACACUCAAACGCUGAGUCACUGUCGAAGCAAGUCCCGCCACACCAGCGCGCACUGGCGCAUCAUUCCCAACACCCAACUCACGCUCCACUACACACAGUUCCCAAAUACUGCCCGCGAUCGCCACUGUAAAGGAGAGACGAAGGUGCGCACUCAGUCACUGCCCUCCUCCUCCAAAGGAUGAUAAUCGCAUUGAUGGUGUUGGUGGCGGCGGCGGUGUUGCCGGCAGCGCAGCCCGUGGCCAAGCAGGCCGAGAUGACGGUGAAGCUGCAGCAAGGCGACAUCGUGGGCUCGCGUGCGGAGACCCCCAACGGCCGCCCCUACUACACCUUCAGGAGCAUCCCCUACGCCAAGCCGCCCGUCGGACCGCUCCGCUUCAAGGAUCCCGAGCCGGCCCCGACCUGGACCGGCGUCAGGGAUGGUUUAAUGCCAAUCCCCAGGUGUCCACAAACUAACGUCACGGCCGCAGGAGCUGUCAUGGGCCAGGAGGACUGUCUCUACCUCAACGUGUACACGCCCAAGCUGGACUCCUCCAAGCUGCCCGUGAUGGUGUACAUUCACGGCGGAGGAUUUAUCCUCGGCUCAGCGGAAGAUGAAACACCGGAACCGCUGAUGCAGAAAGACGUGGUUGUGGUCUCCAUGAACUACCGCCUCGGCGCCCUGGCCUUCCUCUCGACGGGAGACGAUGUCCUGCCGGGUAACCUCGGCCUCAAGGACCAGAAUCUGGCCCUCCGAUGGGUGCACAACAACAUCAGGGACCUGGGCGGCGAUCCUCACCAGGUUACAAUCUUCGGGGUCAGCGCCGGAGGAAUCUCGGUCCACCUCCACGUCCUCUCCCCGAGAUCAGCGGGACUGUUCCAUCGGGCCAUCAUCCAAUCCGGCACUGCGCUGAUGCCUGGCAUAUUCCCUCCUCCACGCAAGGGAGCCAUCCGCCUUGGCAAGGCGCUCAAGUGCAACGGAAAGGAGAGCCAUCAGCUCCUGGCCUGCUUCAACGAGGCGAGCGUCGAGGACCUCGUCAAAACGCUAGGCCGCCUCAGUGAUUGGCACAAUCUUCAAAUGAAGAUCGGCCUCACCGUGGACGGGACCUUCCUGCCGAAACAUCCGGCUGCCCUGCACAGGGCCGGCUACUUCAACAGGGUGCACGUGAUCGCCGGCGCCGCGCAGGACGAUGGCAACGUGUUCUCAGCAGGUCUGCUCAGCAAGUCCGGGAAAGGGGUGCUGCAGCAGCUGAACGAGAACUUCACCAAGCUGGGUCCAAUCCUGCUGGGGCUGAAGCACGAGGAGAACCCAGUCUACCUGGCCCGGAGAAUCUUCUUCAAGUACAUGGAUGACCUCCACGUGACGCGGGAGAAAGAGUUUGCCUUCACCAGACUUCUCGGUAAGGCCUACUUCAACGCCCCUAACACACAACUGGUGGAGUUCCUCGUACCCCACACCAAGACCUACAUGUACCAGUUCGACCACCCCCCGCCGAUGUCCCUCAUGCAUUCGGUCAUGAACGUGACGCAGACGAGGGAAAUGGCGGGGCACGGGGACGACCUGCUGUACUUGUUCCAACUCCCGCCGGAGAAGGCCGCCCUGACCCCGAGACGCCCGCAGGACCUCCACAUGCAGGAGAUCCUCGUCAACCUCUGGACCAACUUUGCUUCCACAGGGAACCCCACCAUCAAAGGGUCCAUGGGCUUUAGAUGGUCUGCCGUGAAGUACGGGAGACCGCUCCAGUACCUCUCCCUGACCACCACGCCCACCAUGCGGACGCUGAACGCCAAGAACCAAGACUUCUGGAACUCCCUGCCCACCAAGAACAACAAGAUGCUCUACCCCGAGCGUUUCCUUGAGGAUUAUAACCCGAGCCGCUGACUGUCCGACCCUUGACCCCUUGACCCCCGGCCUGCGGAGGGACUGUUUGGCCCUGACCUGACCUACAGAAGGACUGCUUUACUCUUGGAUCCCAGGCCUGCUGAGGGAGUGCUUGGCCCUGACACCCGGCCUGCUGAAAUACUACUUUACUCUCGGACCCCCGGCCUGUUGAGGGACUACUUUGAUGCUCGAUGACUCACUCCGACCAGGAGGAGCAGCAAUGAAUUACUGCAUAUGACGCGUUCUUAUAAACCUCCUUCAUGAAAUGUUUUCUCCACGUCAUUAUCACCUUCACUUCCCAUGAUUUUGGUAAUAUUAUCUUCACCAUUUUAUAUUGAAAGCAGUAUUUGAGAAAUAAAGGCACACUCGUAGAAGUGUUUCAC